UAAACAAUAGAAACCCUCAUCGAAUUUGUAAUGGUUGUAAUGGGAAUUGUAUUGGAUUUAAUGGAAACUGUAAAGGUCCCUGUGGGUCUCUAUUAGUAAUUUGUUGUCUACGCUUUGGGAGUAAACAAUAGAAACCCUCCUCGAACUUGUAAUGGUUUUAAUGGUUAUAAUGGGAAUUGUAUUGGAUUUAAUGGAAACUGUAAUGGUCCCUGUGGGUCUCUACUGGUAAUUUGCUGUCUUCUAUUGCUGGCAUGUUAUGUCUGGUGGAUACCAUUUAAGAAACUACGUCCUUAAUAUGUCCUAGGUAAUGGAAAUCAUUUAGUAAUGGUUUUAAUGGUUAAAUAGCUGAUGGUUUGUAAUGGUGUUUGUAGUGGAAACCAUUAGAAUAUCUGUGAUCAUUUCUAUUUGUUUUGUAUUGAUUUUCAGCAGAGUGAUUGUGGACACACUUUGGGAGUAAAUGUUUAGUGUAGAAGAAGUGUGUGAUUUUUGGACACCGCUUGACUCAGGAUACGUUGCCAUGGUGAACUCGCUCCGGCGCGCGAGACUCCUCUGCUCGAGCCGUUUGCUCAGCGCCGCGCGAGCGCAGUCAGGAUAUUCUCUCGGAUUGUCUCGCGCGCUGGUUUGUUUAACGGCGGUUUUACAGAUUUGACUAAUCUCAACGGAUCACCCCCACCCCCCCUUCUGAAAUCGCUAUUAUUGCCCAAGACACCGAAUAACCCAUAUCCGCUGGCCUUAUUUUGGAAAUUCGAGAAAGAAUUUUGUUCAUAAUGCCGCCAGCCCUCGACAAAACUUUAGAGAAAGACCGCAGGAUUCACGUUUCACCGUCAAUUUUAACCCGAGACGUGAAUUCCAGCAGAGACAUGGAUGCUCAGAUUAAACCGAUGAACGACAGCUAUGCUAGGUUUUGGUUCGAUCUCUCCUCCUUGUCCGUUCUAGACUCCUGUAGAAUGAACAGUUCUCUGGAGCUACCAGAGAUACCCCUACAGUCACUGGUUCACAACUCAGCAUCUUAUAAAAUGGAGCUCCAGCCAAGCUUGGGAUCAUUGCUCGGCUGUGCGUCCAUUGACGAAAGUGGUGCGGAUUGUCCUUCACCUCGUGACGACUCCGGUUUCGAAGAACAAACCGCGGCCGAAGAACAGUCCAGAAGUGCUUCGAAAGAUCAUCAGAACUUAAUGCGAACUCUAUCACCUCUGCAGAGCUUCCAAAAAGAAAGCGAACCUCUUUCUUCAGCAAUAUCAAGCGGAUUCAGGAACAGCAACCAGAGCAAUGCUUUUAGACCAAUAUGGCUCUCAGCAGCUCAGAGCGCAGUGCAGGAGGAAGUGGACUCUCAGACAGCGCGACUCGUGUCUCAACACCGUGUAUUAGCAACUCGCAUGGACCGAGCAAAACUGAGGCUCCAUGCCCUGCUGGGUGAAAACGCCCUGCAGAACUUCACCGAGCAACUUGAUGAAAUUAGGAGGAAACUCUCACCCACGUCCGCCAAAACCGAACCUGAUCCACUCAGUCCCGCAAUAAACGAACAUGCUAAUGCUUUAGGGGCUUGUGGGGAAGCCGACUGUGUUCCUGAGAACUCUUCCGGGCUGAUAUCCUCAAUGUUAAGUGGUCCAGCAGUGCAGCAGGGAAGUGACGCCCUUAGCAGUUCCUCUGAAUGCUCCUCAGUGGAGAAAAGCUCUGAGAGUGUGCAGCUUAUCAGAUGUGUACAGAGUUUAGUACAGUGUGGACAGGCAGUACUUCGCGAGGCACAGCAGGCUUUGGACUCAGACGCUACAGAAAGCAGCUCAGAUGAUGAUGAGACCAAGGAAGAAGAGACCAGAGGAAACAGACCCAGCUCAGGCUGUCUGGGAUGCGAGUGGAGGUUUCAGUGCGAGAGAGCGAAGCUGGCGAGUCAGUGGAUGUGGCUGAAGCUCAGGCUGUCUGAACUGGGUUUGCAGAUUCAGCAGGUUUCACAGCUCCAUCAGCACCUCCUCGCCAACAAGGGGGGUGUUGUUUUGGCCGAGGCUCAGCCUUUGACAGACCUGCAGAUCCAGCAGACUCUGCUCACCGAGACGGCCGGUUUGACGUUAACAGCGGGACACACACACGAUCUCCAUCCCGAGCUCGACAUGGAACCUAGCAGCCCCACAUGCCUCCUCCGAAACAUCGAGAGACAGAGUGCCCAGCUGAGUCAGAUAGUGAACAGUCUGAUGGUUCCGCUGAGUGACUCGUCCUCACGCUGUCCUGUAGCUAAAGGAGACAGCAGGUGCUGGAAAGGCUCAAGAAAAAGACCUUUUAACAGCCACGUGAAAGACGUGUUCUUGCACACCGGUUCCACGUGUGCACGCAAGGUGGCUCAGAAGAAGAGGCGUGUGUGUCGCCGAGGUCAGCUCCUGUCUCAGGUGGACAUCGCUCCUGUGUGUGCACGGACACGCCCUUUGGUGACUUACCACAAGCCCCGCCUCUUCAUCAUGGACCAAUCGGCAGUCACACAGCAGGGUGCAGACUCCUCAGCCUACCGGCGCUCAAGCUCUGUUUCCUGUGAUCCCAUGAGUGUGUGUUUAGACCUUGUGUACUCCAAAAGCACAGAUAGUACAGCCAACACACUUCACAGCAUGCUCAAGUCAAGCAAGAGCACAGCGUCCCACUGGAUCCCUACGGCUUCCUUCAAAGACGAUUGGUUCCAUCGGUCUCGAUCCAUCAUUCUGUCGCCCAGCUUCACCGCUGCAGAGAAACAUGCAUCCUCCAUAUUCAAUUGCACACAUGAGCUCCAGGCUGCACAGACGCAUUGUAAAGGAACACCGACUUGGGAGACACCCAGACAGACCUGCAGGCGGACAGUGACAAGACGACGCCAGCGCCGGGAAGAUUUUGAUAUGUGUUUGUCCCAGUCUGGCAUGUUUUCUCCCAGUGCUGAGGACAGUACAGAGGAUGUUCUCACACCCCAUCGCACAAAGCCACACCAGAGAAAGUCACAGUUUCCACUGCGAAGGAGAAAAGGCGAAAGCAUCUAUAACAUAAACAACAUGUCUCUGGUUGCCUCUACAACAGUGGAGAAGCUGCAGUAUAAGGACAUUCCCACACCCAGCUGGAGGGUAGUGGAGCUUUCCCCACUCGUAAAGGAAGAGGUGGAGGAGGAUAUCCAUAAGGUGGAGUCGCUAUCAGAUGAGGUGUUUAUUCGGCGACACCAGAGACAUGAGCGCAGAGAGAAACGCUGCUGGAGCUCCUGGGAAAAGGGCAGGAGAUGCACACUCAGGACUAGCAGUACGGAUGUGCCGUCUGGUUGUGAACUGAUGCCAUGGGCGUGCAGCGCACCUACAGAUGCACCACAGGACAACGUGGAGGAAAGAGCGCCUCAGCUGCCCUGGGAGAGACGCACGUUCCCGCUGUCUAAGCCUGACGAUACUCUGAGACGUCAUGAAGACGCACUUAAGGCCGAGGACGCGGUCUGGUCAAAGAACGAGGAGAUGGAAUCGAGUCUGUCAUACAGCAGCUGUAAAAACGUUGUCUCCUCAUCUCUGAGUUAUGCUCACACACCUCCCCCUGCUGGACGCACACAGAACAAGCCCAGAAUGACUUCAACACCAAUUCACACUGACAUCUUUUCAUCUGUGCACUACAGGAAGUGACAUCACACUGCCGACAACAAUCAGAUGUAAAUCCAUCGUUACUGAAUGAUACUUUGAGAUGCUUUUUUAUAUGAGUUUUAACACGGUUUUAUUGUGUAUUUUAUUAACAUACAUGGUUUUAAUGCAUUCUGUAACACAUUUUAAUGUAAUGUAACGUAGUAUAUUUAUUUUUUAUAUACGUAUAUAUGGUUUUUACAAGCUGUAGUCUCAGCAUUGGUCUGCAGCAGAGAAACUGCAGACUGUUUUCCUCGUGUUGGACAGUAAACCGACAUAUCUCAGAAAAUAAUGCAGACUCGAGACUUGAUCAUUGGAGAAAACCAAACACACAUACGGUAACAGUCUACUUUAAAGCACACCUAUUAUGGUUUUGAAAUGUGCCUAAUUUUGUUUUAAAGGUCUCGUACAGUAGAUUUACAUGCAUCCGAGGUCAGAAAACACUUUAACAUGCUUAUAAUUUAAACUGCAGCAUUACUUUUUUUCCCCCAGUGUCACAAACGACUCGUUAAAUGACUCAUUAAAUGAUCCGUUCUUUUACUUACUGCAGCAGCAUGAUGGAUCUAGAGCAGGACUGUAGGACGCUGUGUUCUCAAAUCUGAUUGGUUAGAAGGUAUGCAUUAUUUAUGCAUUGGCACACGGCUCCAGCUGUAACGUGAACAAUGGCUUAAUAUUAACACGUUAGCGUUUCUAUAGUAACAGCUCAUAACACUCAUAACAGAUUCUAGAGAGCAUUUGAUUGGACAGAAAAGCUGAUGAGAAGCUGAAGUGCAGAAUGACGUCAUCGAAAUUGUUGCUCCGUACUCGUGGUAGAGAGAGAGUGUACAGUUCGAAUGCGUAGCCUAUAGGGUCUAAAUUGUUUUGGAGCUCACUAGAUGAUAGAUAACCUUAAGGCUGACACAUUCCUACUAAAAUCUGCAAAACGUCCAUUUUGAAUAAAAAAAGUAAAAAAGGGAACCUGGAUAUAAAAUGUAGGACAAAAGCAACACUGUAAACACACACAUAUAUAAUAAAGUUUGUGUAUGAGAGUGUUAUGUACAAUGGCCACAGAGCAGCGCUGCUGAGUCACAAAGUAUGAAUUAACAACUUCUGUAUAUAUUCUCGCCGGCCACUUUAUUAGGAACACCUGCAUAUUAAUGCAGAUUACCCAAUCGAACAAUGACACGGCAGCAGUGCAGUGCAUAAAAUCAUUCAGAUAUAUAAAUAAUAUGUAUACACAGUAUGUAUAUAUGUAUAUAUAUAUAUAUAUAUAUAUAUAUAUAUAUAUAUGGAUGGUAUAAUAUAUUUAAAAAAUAAUAUAAGUAUUUAUAUGUAUAAUAGGCUAUUUCUUUGUACAUGUUGAAGACGUGAGAGUUAUAGAUGAAAAUGUCCCGAAACCUGUUUGCUGUAAUGAAGCUGUUUGUGCGUGCCGAUGCAGCUGGCGCUGUGUGUGUGUGUGUGUGUGAUGAAUGAAUGAAUGAAUGUGUAAGAGGUCUGACUGCAGCUGGCUGCAUGUUUUACUCAGUGAUGUCAUGAGAUUGUACGAGAUUAGGUUCAGGUUGUGAAGCUUUGUCUAUACAUCUCUACAGGAAAUGCUGAUGAGGGGAAAGACAGGGAGCUGCAUUCCUCCACACAUUAGAGCCCCCCCCCCCCCCCCCCCCCCCACACACACACACACAUGCACACACACUCGUGUCUUGUGAAUGUUGCUGAACAUGAGUCGGACUCUUCCCCCUCUCUGACUCUCAGGGACCCGGUGCACGUAAAGAUGCGAGCUCUUGAGCGUUAAAUGUGCACUUCACCUAGUUCACUUGUUCUAUGCUUCACUCAGUCACUUCACCUCUUCGGCUUUAUCUCUAUGGCAACGCAGCCGUCUCUGUCCUGCUCAUUUGAGGGAAAUGUUGAUGGAGUUUGAGCUCUAGCGUUUUUCAUGAACACCUCUGAUAAAUCGCAGGAGAAUCACAGGAACGCACAACAGAAGGUGUGAAGAAAAGAACAGACACCGCGGUAUCGCAUCAAAAAGGAACAUGAUACAGUAUGUACGCCAUUUUCUCUCUCACUCCUAAUGGAACCCAUCAGCCAAGACGGGUUCGGUGUCUGAUGCAUCGUACAAACCUUAUAUCUAACCUUAUAUCACACAUACACUCACCUUAACGUACACCAUUUGGCUCAGGUCGGUCAAUACUUCCGGCUGUAAUUCCAAUCACAGGUUUAUAUUCAUGCUCUCAUUCGAAUACGUUAUUGUUUCUAUAGUAACAGCUCAUUUACAGGGAACGACUUAAACGCAUAAUCACAAAAGUGAAGUUUUCCAUAAGGAGAUGUUUGUUUAAAGUUUAUGGAAGGAGUCUCCCAUGUUUAAGUUGAAGUUUUCCAACAUCUUUCACUUUAAAAAAAAAAAAAAAAAAGUAUCUUAAUGUAUUGUGUUGCCUUCUUGAGCUUGGCGGUUAAGGCUCUGGGUUACUGAUCGGAAGGUCGGGGGUUCAAGUCCCUGCGCUGCCAGGCUGCCACUGUUGGGCCCUUGAGCAAGGCCCUUAACCCUCUCUGCUCCAGGGGGCGCUGUAUCAUAGCUGACCCUGCGCUCUGACCCCAACUUCCUAACAUGCUUGGGUAUGCGAAGAAAAGAAUUUCACUGUGCUGUAAUGUAUAUGUGAUCAAUAAAGACUCAUUAUCAUAUAGCCGCUGUUGGAAAGGCGUCAAAUAUACAGAAGGGUCUGGAAAAGUAAAGAAUGUGCAGGACCUGGAGGAUUUUUCUGAAGAACAGUGGGUAGUUUACCUGUUCAGGACAAACACAGUAUUAACAAUUGAGCGUGUGUAAACUUUUGAACCGGUUCGUUUGUGUAAAUUCAGUUAUUAUUGUGUCUUGUGGACUUUAUGUAAACAUCUGUUAUGUGAAAUAGCUUAAUCAGGGCAGGAUUAAAUUAAAUUAUUUUUUUAAAAACAUGCAAUUUUUAUGAUCCCUCUUAUUUUUUUGGAGAUUCUGCAAGCUGUUGCUAUGACCUCAACCAUAUAUAUAUAUACAAUAUAAAUGGAUAAAAAAGUAUGACGUGUAGUAUGACGUAAUAAAUCAAACUGCUGUGGUGUAAGAGGAAUAAAACACUUCAGGUUGUGCUGGAAUUGGAAAUGAACUUCUGGGUCGUGACAGUAGUGCUACUUCGUCACACAACCCCGUGGUUGAACUGUAUCAGCGUCUUCUAAUGUACAAUUUCACCUUUGUACUUUGAUCCGUGACUCCUGCCUGAUGCUGAUGCUGAUGUGGACUGACACCAAAUUAUCUGCUGAUGGAGACAUUAAUUCCCGCUUCACGAUGGAGCUACGACUGUUUGUUUUUUUCCCCCUCCCGCUAAUCUGAAGUACUGAACAGCUCGACAAGUCUGUGAUGAUUUCAACGUACAGUUUGUGUCCUGCUAUACCGGCAGUGUUAAUCCUCCCUGUGAGCUAAAUUCGCACUGUAGCUGUAGUGCAAACUGAAUAAAGAAGACUUGUAUUCUGUUUUAAUCCCAGUGAUCAUAGACUCGAAGAGUUCACGACUAGUGUUUCAUCCUUUUUGACUGUUUUUGAACGUACGUACAUUUGUAUCUAUCUAUUUACUUAUUUAUUUAUUUAUUACCGAUGUUAUUUUUCUGAUCUGUACUCAUAGUCUGUAUCCAAGCUUCGGUGAUGCUAAUAUUUAUCAUGCCAAUAAAGUCAUGUUUGACUUUAAAGACUU